GAUGCGCAGCCGGCGCCGUCUUUACGACGGGUCGGAAAGCAGCGGCCGCAACCAGCGCGGGGCUGAGGCGGGCCGCCAUGGGGAAGAUCGCGCUGCAGCUCAAAGCCACGCUGGAGAAUGUCACCAACCUCCGGCCCGUGGGCGAGGACUUCCGGUGGUACCUCAAGAUGAAAUGUGGCAACUGUGGUGAGAUUUCAGAGAAGUGGCAAUACAUCCGGCAGAUGGACACUGUGGCCCUAAAGGGAGGCCGUGGCAGCGCCUCUAUGGUCCAGAAGUGCAAGCUGUGUGCGCGGGAAAACUCCAUCGAGAUUUUGAGCAGCACCAUCAAGUCUUACAAUGCUGAAGACAAUGAAAAGUUCAAGACAAUAGUAGAAUUUGAAUGCCGGGGCCUCGAGCCAGUCGAUUUCCAGCCCCAGGCUGGGUUUGCUGCGGAAGGUGUGGAGUCGGGGACAGUCUUCAGUGACAUUAAUCUGCAGGAGAAGGACUGGACCGACUAUGAUGAAAAAGCUCAGGAGAGUGUGGGAAUCUACGAGGUCACCCAUCAGUUUCUGAAGUGCUGAGCCCUCUCCCUGCAUCCCUACCUUCAGAGCUAGGAAGAGACAAAGUGCCCCAGCAGCAGAGCCCACUGAGGCUGGUCCCGUCCCCUCGUAUUCCGGCAGCUGUACCCGGCCCUCAGAGUCUGCAUGUUCGGCUCUGUCGGAGCUUCCACGGCUCACCAAUAAAGCUCCUGUUCAUGCCA